AUGAUUGAAAAAGUUGUUUUUAAAACAGUGAACUCCAAAUAUCUAUCUAUCUAUCUAUCUAUCUAUCUAUCUAUCUAUCUAUCUAUGUCUAUUCAUUAUCUAUCUAUCUACGUCUAUUCAUUAUCUAUCUAUCUAUCUAUCUAUCUAUCUAUCUAUCUAUCUAUCUUUAUUCAUUAUCUAUGUAUGUUCAUCAUCUAUCUAUCUAUCUAUCUAUCUAUCUUUAUUCAUUAUCUAUGUAUGUUCAUUAUCUAUCUAUCUAUCUAUCUAUCUAUCUAUCUAUCUAUCUAUCUAUCUACCUUUAUUCAUUAUCUAUGUAUGUUCAUCAUCUAUCUAUCUAUCUAUCUAUCUAUCUAUCUAUCUAUCUAUCUAUCUAUCUAUCUAUGUCUAUUCAUAAUCUAUCUAUCUAUGUAUCUAUCUAUCUAUCUUUAUUCAUUGUCUAUGUAUGUUCAUCUAUCUAUCUAUCUAUCUAUCUAUCUAUCUAUCUAUCUAUCUAUCUAUGUCUAUUCAUUAUCUAUCUAUCUAUCUAUCUAUGUCUAUUCAUUAUCUAUCUAUUGCGCCAGCAUAUUCGAUCACUUGCAAUGUUCUCUAAUUGUGUCGGGCAAUGUUGCAGACGACAAGAGCACGCUUAAGAUAGUCUUGGAAUCGUUUCUUUGGGCCUUCACGUGGGCGGCUGCCGGUUUCGAUCUCUCCGAAGAAUAUAAUUUUGGGGGGAGGCGAUGGCCCGGCAUCCGCACAAUAUGUCCAACCCAACGUAGAAGGCAUUGUCGGAUGAUGACUUGGAUGCUGUUGAUUUACAUCCCACAUCCUCUGCAAUCAGUCUCUCUCUUAGGCUCUCCGUCAUUGCUGACGACGACGCUGUCCUUCCAUCUCCGUCCGUCUUCUGUGGGCUGCCAAAUGAGAGAGAAGCCCGAUCCGCGGACUACAAGUUCUCGGGCACAGGUUGCAAGAAAACAUGCCCGGUGCGAAAAAUGGCAGGUUGCAGAUGACGCUGGCGUCGUCUCACCUCGAGCGCUUCUCGUCUCUCCACCUCUCCGGCGACGCAGAGAGACCGCCAGCCGAUCUGAUCCGAUCCCUUGCGAGGUUCUCAAAUUGUGUAAGGUCAAUAUUGCACGCUUAAGGUAG